UUUUUUUUAUAUAAAUUUAACUGAAAUAACCAUUCACAUUUUGUCUUUCUUUCUUUCUUUCUCUACGUCUAACCAUUACAACACACAACAUAACCAGGAACACACAAUCAAAAGACUCUCAACAAUUUUCAUAUCUCGAAACACACAACAUAACCAGGAACAUGGCACCUUCAUUCGACAUAAGUACUCACACGGUAUGUGUCAUGGACGCUUCGGGCCAAUUGGGCUUUAACUUGGUACAGAGACUCCUCCAAAGGGGCUACACCGUCCACGCCUCCGUUCAAAAAUAUGGUGAAGAAGAUUUAUUCAAUGGGAUUUCUGCUGAGACCGAUAAGCUUAAGGUUUUUCGAUCAGACCCAUUUGAUUACCAUAGCAUUAUUGAUGCACUCAGAGGCUGCUCUGGCUUGUUUUACACAUUUGAGCCUCCCCUUGACCAACCCAAUUAUGAUGAAUACAUGGAUGACGUGGAGGUGAGAGCUGCACACAACGUGCUCGAAGCUUGUGCUCAGACAGAAACAUUAGAUAAAGUGGUUUUCACAUCCUCAGCAACCGCAGUGGUUUGGAGGGAGGAUCGCAAGACCAUGGAAUUGGGUUUAGAUGAGAGACAUUGGAGUGAUGUUAAUUUAUGUCGUAAAUUCAAGUUAUGGCAUGGGAUGUCAAAAGCAAUGGCAGAAAAGACAGCGUGGGCCUUGGCAAUGGACAGAGGAGUGAAUAUGAUUUCAAUCAACGCAGGCUUGUUGAUGGGUCAUGAUCUCUCCAUCCAGAACCCUUACUUGAGAGGAGCUGCUGAGAUGUACGAGGACGGGGUGUUCGUGACCGUUGAUUUGGGUUUCUUGGUGGAUGCCCACAUCUGUGUCUACGAGGAUGUCUCAUCCUACGGUCGUUAUUUGUGCUUCAAUCACAUUAUCAAUACCCACGACGACGCCGUUCAGCUCGCCCGCAAGUUGACGCCUGCUGCUUCUUCUUCCUUGCCUCAAAGCGGUGACCAUGGUAAAAGUUUUAUCGAACAGAGAAUAAGCAACAAGAAGUUGAACAAAUUGAUGGUGGACUUUGAGGCUUGACUUAAAUGGUGAUAUUUUUGGACGGUGAUUAGAGCAAUCACCUUAAUUGUUCUUUCGCCGGAAAGUAUUUGUGCGUUCAAUGAAAGAAAAAUUUGUAUGUAUGCCCCUAUAUUAUAUAUAACAAAUUAAUGUAUUUAUUUUAAAUGAAAUAAUCAUUUCUUUAUUU